AUGGCUUUCAUCGUCACCACGUUCAUAUUAAGAAUUCCUGUUCAGCCAAGAAAAACAAUCACACAACCACAAUCUGCGGAUACAGAAAUACUUGAAAGAUUACUCAGUCGGGGCUAUGAUUGGCGUGUUCGACCACCAGCUAAGGAUGGUACGAUUUACAGCGGUCCAGUUGUCGUGAAUGUAAAUAUGUUAAUAAGAAGUAUAUCGAAAAUCGAUAAUGUUAAUAUGGAAUACAGUGUACAGCUGACGUUUCGUGAAAGUUGGAUGGACGAACGAUUAAAAUAUGGUGAGAAAAACGACGAUCAUCCUGAUUUUCUGAUUCUCACUACCGGCAAACAGAUUUGGAUGCCAGAUUCAUUUUUUCAGAAUGAGAAACACGCAUAUAAACAUAUGAUCGACAAGCCGAAUGUAUUGAUUAGAGUGCAUAAAGACGGUACGAUCCUCUACUCGGUGCGAAUAUCAAUGGUUCUGUCCUGCCCGAUGCAUUUACAGUUCUAUCCAAUGGACGUUCAACAGUGCUAUAUUGAUCUUGCUUCGUACGCGUAUACCACAAAGGACAUCGAAUACGUGUGGAAGAGCCACGAUCCAGUACAGUUGAAGCAUGGCCUCUCGUCGUCGUUGCCGUCGUUUCAGUUGAAUAACGUCUCGACAACCUACUGCACAAGCAAGACCAACACUGGCACCUAUUCUUGCCUUAGAACCGUUCUACAAUUGCGGCGGCAGUUAAGUUACUAUCUCCUUCAACUAUACAUUCCAUCAUGUAUGCUUGUUAUCGUGUCUUGGGUUUCGUUCUGGAUUGAUCGCACGGCUGUGCCGGCUAGGGUUACGCUUGGGGUCACCACACUACUCACAAUGACCACGCAGUCGUCAGGCAUAAACGCUAAGCUUCCACCAGUUGCCUAUAUCAAAGCGAUCGAUGUCUGGAUAGGAGGAAAAGAAAAAAGAAAUAAAGCAGUAGUUGUAAAGACCAGUGAGGAUGUCUGGGUGCCUCGAAUAGCUCUCGAUCAGAAAUAUGUGAAGACUAAAGUGUUGCAGAACCGGCGACAUCAACAGCAUUCAUUCCGUCGGUGGUUGACGCAGAACAUUGACUGGCACGACGAAGUUAAGAGGGCGGACUUGAUAUCAAGUAUGUCCUUAUUAUUCAUCGGUCGAUAA